AUGGCUAAGAUUACAGAGAUCUUCUUCGACUGCGACAAUACCCUGGUCCUCUCCGAGGAGCUGGCGUUCGAGGCCUGUGCCGACCUGGCAAAUGAAAUUCUGGCGAAGUACAAAAUCCCCGUCCGCUACACCGGCGACAUGCUCAUCAAGGAUUUUGUCGGCCAAAACUUCCGCGGCAUGAUGGGCUCCCUGCAGACCAAGUACGGGUUCCAGAUUGAGCCGACAGAGCUGGAGCAAUACGUCAAGAAGGAGGAGGACAUGGUCAUCGCCAAAUUGGAAGCCAAGGCCAAGCCCUGCAUCGGUGCUACUGAGGAGCUGGAGAAGCUGUUCGCGUCUAAGAAAUACGGUCUCGCGGUUGUGUCCUCUUCUGCGCUGCGUCGCGUGCGCGCUUCCAUCAAGAAGGUCAACCAGGACCGGUUCUUUGACUACGACAAGGUCUUCAGCGCGGCGAGCUCUCUCGAGAAGCCGACUUCCAAGCCUGACCCCGCUAUUUACCUGCAUGCUCUUGAAAAGGUUGGCAAGAAAGCCGCCGAGACUGUUGCCAUUGAGGAUAGCAAGUCCGGUGCUCUUUCGGCGAUUCGUGCUAAUAUUCCUGUCAUUGCCUAUGUCGGCAGUUAUAGCGAAGAGACACAGAAGGAGAUGGCUGAGAGGUUGACUGCGCUCGGUGCAAAGACUGUCAUGUACCACUGGUCUGAGUUCGAGGACCGUCUCAAGGAAGUUGAGACUGGGUCUGUUGAGGUUCACUCGACCCUUUGA